AUAUUCAGAAGCAGCAGUUUGAUCCACAUUUAUUGUUCUUCUUUCUUUCUCUUUCUCACUAACAUUCUUGGCUGCAAAAACUACACCUUCAUCACCUUCCACUCUUCACUUGUCAAAUUCUUUUUUCAUUUACACUCUCUAUGAUGGAACUACAUGCAUAGCUAAAUAUAUGAGCUAGUAUCAGGGUUUUGCCUGCCAGAUAUGUUGUUCACUAACAUCUUCAUUGCUUCUUCAAGCUGUUUGUGGCUCCAAAUGUGGUAAGCUGAAAGCUUUUUUUGAUCCCAAGUUGCAGAAAUGGAGAAAUGGUAAGUUUUCUAUGAUAUUUUAUGCUAUUGAAAAGAACAGUGAAAGUGGUUUGGUUUUCUAUGCUACAAGACUUGCAUAAGGAGUAUUUUGAUCUGGGUUUUAGGUAGGGAGCUUCUGAUAUUUGGUUUUGGUCUCAUUUCUCAACUCCUUGCUGGAAAAAUUCAUAUUUACACUUCAUCCUGCAAAUGGUGAAAUAUGAGGCUGUAAUCUUUACUGAUUUAUCAUAUGCAUUCUGGGUUUAAAAGAGAAGCAUGCUACUCCAAAGCCUAUGUAGUGUUGAUGUGGGUGGUGGAUUCCAUUAGCUUUGGAUAGUUAGUUUCCAUCUUCUGCUAUGGGGGUUAUCAGCUUACUGAUCAGAGAUUCCUCUGUCUGGGUCUCACUUGGGGCUUUGUUAAAUUUGUGGUGGGUAGUUUCAGGUUUAGGCUCAAUGUCCAGCAUUGCCAUUUCUUAUGGUGAGAAUGGACCUGUAUUUUGUGGUUUAAAACCUGAUGGCUCACAUCUUGUGACCUGCUAUGGGUCAAAUGCUGCAGUCAUCUACGGGACCCCUUCUCAUUUCCCAUUUGUGGGUCUAACUGCUGGUGAUGGCUUUGUUUGUGGGCUGUUGAUGGAUUCCAAUCAACCUUAUUGUUGGGGAAGCAGUGGCUAUAUCGAAAUGGGAGUUCCUCAACCGAUGAUCAAGGGAGCUGAGUACGUAGAAAUCAGUGCAGGCGAUUACCAUUUAUGUGGUUUGAGAAAGCCUUUAACUGGAAAGCAUAGAAAUUAUGCUUUGGUUGAUUGUUGGGGUUAUAAUAUGACCAAGAACUAUAUGUUUGAUGGGCAGAUCGAAUCACUCUCAGCAGGCUCGGAGUUUAACUGCGGAUUGUUUUCUCAGAACAUGACUGUUUUGUGUUGGGGCGAUGAGACUAGUAGCCGUGUCAUUAGCUUAAUUCCUAGAGAAAUGAGGUUUCAAAAGGUUGCAGCUGGUGGUUAUCAUGUUUGUGGGAUUUCGGAAGGGCUGAAUUCUAGAGUCUUUUGCUGGGGAAGGAGCUUGAACCUCGAAGAAGAACUAUCCGUGCCGGUUGCAUAUUCUCGUCAAGGAAAUGUUGAUUUGCCACCAAAAUAUCCGAUGCUUACAGUUGUUGGAGGAAAGUUCCAUGCUUGUGGAAUCAAGAGCUAUGACCACCAAGUGGUUUGCUGGGGUUUCAUUCUCAAGCCAAGUACCCCAGCUCCCAAAGGUGUUAAAGUCUAUGCGAUUGCAGCUGGAAAUUACUUCACUUGUGGUGUUAUAGCCGAAAAAUCCUUUCUCCCAGUUUGUUGGGGCGUUGGGUUCCCGACCUCACUCCCUACUGCUGUCUCACCCGGACUUUGCAAAGACACUCCUUGUGCACCGGGUUCCUAUGAAGUUAGUCCAGAGAAUGCACCUUGCAAGUCUCCUAACUUACAUAUUUGUAUGCCCUGCAGCAUUGGUUGCCCUGCUGAAAUGUACCAAAAAUCGGGAUGUACUUUGAAGUCAGAUCGAGUUUGUGAUUACAAUUGUUCUAGUUGUAACUCAGUGGAAUGCGUCUCAAAUUGUUCUUCGAAUUCUGAAGCUACUAAUGGAAGUAAGAAUGAAAGGUUUUGGUCACUGCAAUUGCCGAUCAUUGUCGCGGAGAUUGCUUUUGCUGUGUUACUGCUGAUCAUCGUGUCCUUAACUGCAGUUUUAUAUGUCCGAUACAGGUUGCAGAACUGUCGCUGCAAAGCAAAAGAGUCGAAGUCCAAGAAAGCUAAUGAGAUUGCUUCUUACCGAAAAGAAAACGUAAAAGUCCGUCCUGACUUAGACGAGCUUAAGAUCAGGAGAGCUCGGAUGUUCAAUUAUGAAGAACUUGAGAGGGCCACUGGUGGAUUCAAAGAAGAAUCUGUUGUUGGAAAAGGAAGUUUCUCAUGUGUUUAUAAAGGGGUAUUGAAAGAUGGGACUGUUGUUGCAGUUAAAAAGGCCAUAAUGUCUUCGGAUAAACAGAAGAAUUCAAAAGAGUUCCACACAGAGUUGGAUCUAUUGUCAAGAUUGAACCAUGCCCAUCUUUUGAAUCUGCUUGGAUAUUGUGAAGAAGGCGGAGAACGGCUUCUUGUUUACGAGUUUAUGGCUCAUGGAUCUUUGCAUCAGCAUCUUCAUGGAAAGAACAAAGCCUUGAAAGAGCAAUUAGAUUGGGUCCGAAGGGUCACCAUUGCCGUCCAAGCUGCACGGGGAAUUGAAUACUUGCAUGGUUACGCUUGCCCGCCAGUAAUUCAUAGGGACAUCAAAUCCUCAAACAUUCUCAUAGAUGAAGAACACAAUGCUCGAGUGGCUGACUUCGGUCUCUCUUUAUUAGGACCUGCGGAUAGUAGCUGUCCAUUAGCCGAGCUACCUGCCGGAACACUCGGUUAUCUUGAUCCAGAAUACUACAGGCUUCACUACCUCACAACAAAAUCCGAUGUCUACAGCUUCGGCGUAUUACUAUUGGAAAUUUUAAGCGGACGAAAAGCCAUUGAUAUGCAAUACGAAGAAGGGAAUAUAGUGGAGUGGGCAGUUCCAUUGAUUAAAUCAGGAGACAUAUCUGCAGUUCUAGACCCAGUUUUGAAACCUCCGGCAGACAUUGAAGCUUUGAAAAGGAUUGCAAAUGUGGCUUCCAAAUGUGUGAGAAUGAGAGGAAAAGAGAGACCAUCAAUGGAUAAAGUGACCACCGCCUUAGAGCGAGCUCUAGCACAGUUGAUGGGCAGUCCAUGUAGCGAGCAACCAAUUUUGCCAACAGAGGUGAUCUUGGGAAGUAACAGAAUGCACAAGAAGUCCUCUCAAAGGUCUUCGAAUCGGUCGGUCUCAGAAACUGAAGUUGCAGAAGACGUUGAGGAUCAAAGGUUUGAGUUUAGAGCUCCUUCGUGGAUUACAUUCCCGAGUGUAACUUCAUCUCAAAGGCGGAAAUCAUCGGUAUCGGAAGCUGAUGUGGAGGGAAAGAACAUAGAAGGAAGAAACAUGGGCAAUGUAGGGUAUGGUGGGGAUGGUUUGAGAAGCUUGGAAGAAGAGAUAGGCCCUGCAUCUCCUCAACAAAGCUUGUUCUUACAACACAAUUUCUAAAUGAUCCCAACCAAAUAUUCUAUCAGUUUGUUUAAGGAAAAGGAACUGUAAAAAUGGAGAAUGGAUGUAAUUUUCAGAAUUUUUUUAGUACUAUAUCCCAUUUGCAUCUCGCAGCUAUAACACCAGAACUUUAGUCGCCCUAUCAUGGUUGUGUUACCAGAAUUUCAAUCGCCCUGUCGCAAGUAUGGACCGUCAGCUGUUCGAUUUGUUGUCUUUAUAUUGUUAAUUUGAAUUCUUUCUUGUGACUAUUGUACUGAUUAUAAUGUCUUUAAUCCGUCUCUUUUAAUGCUAAUGGAUGAAAUUCAUGUUUA